AUGCAUGGGCAGCAUGUGAGAGAAAAGGAAGAUAUUGACUGGGAUGGAACUUGGCAGUGGAUUGCAAAAGGAGAUUUGAAAGGAUGUCCUGAGGCCCUGAUGUGUAGCGCCCAGGAACAAGCUUUGAGAACAAAUUAUACGAGAUUUCAUAUUGAUCACACAGCAGAAUCCCCUUUGUGCAGAAUGUGCGGAAGUAAGGGAGAAACGGUGGCCCAUGUGGUGAGUGGUAAGCUGGCGCAGACAGAAUAUAAAGGAAGGCAUGAUAACGUGGCACGGUAUAUCCACUGGCAACUUUGUGGUACAUGUGGAUUAACGGUGAGAUGGUCAGGCAAGCUGCCUUGAGAACAAAAGGAGCGGGAGGCCUGUCUGGGGUUGACGCGAAUGGCUUCAGAAGAAUCCUUGCUUGCAAGUCCUUUAAACAGUCAUCGACAAGGCUGUGUGAGGCAAUAGCCACAAUGACAAGGACUCUGUGUACGCAAUGCAUUGAUCCUAUGACCAGAGAGCCCCUGGUAGCUAACCGUCUGAUUCCACUGGAUAAAGGCGAAGGUGCUGUUAGACCAAUAGGAGUCGGGGAAGUUUUAAGGAGAAUUUGUGGAAAGUGUGUAAUGAGUGUUGGGAAAUGUUCUUUCUUCAUUUGAAUAAUUUUUGUUUAAUGAAAUGAAUAUUUUUCUAAUCAAAAGUAAGGGGUUUUUUUUACGGAAGGAAUUGUAGAUAGUGUUUUGACGAAAUAGUUUUUUUUUUGAGUGAAUUAAUUGUGAAUAGGAUUUUAAUAGUUAGCAUUGUUAUCAAUUAAAUAUCAAUAGUCAACUUAUUUUUCUAAAAAAAUGUGGACUGAAAAGA